GCAAAUUCCAACCCUAAUUAAAAGCAAAGUCUUUACGUGGAUGCUGCUAAAGCAGGAGCCAGCUAGAUCUUUUUUAUUUAUAAUCUCACAUCAACCCUAAAUUCCCUAUGAAACUCCCAAAACGCCCCCAGUGAAAAAAAUAUCCCAUAAUUAAAUGCAAAAAAUUAGGGUAGUUUCCGUUAUUUACUACAUCUUGCACGCCUGCCCUUUCUCUCCUCUCUCAAAACUCCUUUCCCCUUCCCUAAAAAAUCACCAAACCCAACAGAACAAAAGAAACCAUUAAGGGCAUCGAUAGAGAAGCAAAAGGAGAGGAUGAAAGGGUGUGAGCUAUGUGAGAGUUCAGCAAGAAUGUUCUGUGAAUCAGACCAAGCUAGUUUAUGUUGGGAUUGUGAUGAGAAAGUACACUCUGCCAACUUUCUUGUUGCAAAGCAUUGUAGAACCCUUCUUUGUCAAGUGUGUCAAUCUCCAACUCCCUGGAAAUCCUCAGGGUCUAAACUUGCCCCUACAGUUUCUGUAUGUGAAUCCUGUUUUACUGUCCAUAAAAACAAUAAAAAACCUCUCCAAGAUCUGAACGUCAUGGCUAGUGAUCAAGAAAGCCGAGAAGCCGGAAAUGAUUCUGACGAGUCUGAAAAUAUUCAAGAAUUCGACGACGACGACGACGAUGACACUGAUGAUGAUGGUGAUGGAUAUGACGAGGAGGAAGAUGGAGACAACCAGGUGGUGCCAUGGUCAGGUCCUACUGCAUCGUCUUCGCCAUCAAUUGCGCCACCUGUGGCUAGUUCUUCUAGCAGUGAAGAGGAGAUUCCCUGUGCUGGUAGAAAUGGGUUUUUGAAACGGACGCGAGACAGUAAUGUUGAUCUUGAUUCUGAUGAUGAAACUGGAUGUUCCUCUUCGCAUAAUUUAAGAGGUGGAAGCAUGAGCACCGAGGAAGGGAAUUCUUCGAGUUCUUCAAGGCCAUGGAAGCAAGCAAGAACAAGCGUUCAUGUUGAAGAAGAUGGUCAAGCAAUGUCAAGAUCUUCGGCUAUCAUAGACUCCCUGAAGAGACUGCAAAAAGACUUGGUCACGAAUGGAGAAAACGCGUCUGCUGCUAUUCUUGGGAUCUGCAAAUUGAGCAGAGAUCAGAGCCUUUGAUUUCUGCCCCUACUAACCUUUUUCAUAUGAUUAAUUAAUAACCAUAUAGUUUUCGAACCAUAACUAUUUACUAUUUCAUUUUAUUUUGAAGCUUAUUUUAGUAGCUGGUUGUGUUUGUCUUCAUGGUUUUGUACAUGAGAUGGUAUUUGCUUCCAUGGUUAAUGCUAUAUUACCUCCUGCUAUUUGUUCUUCA